AUGAUCUCGGCUACCAGGAUGUCGGCUACCGCGCGGGCGGCCACCUUGAGAUCUCAAGUGCCCAAUAUGAAAGCCACCUAUGGCACCGCGGUCGCCUUGCAGCGGUCUAUGAUUCAGUCCGCUUCUAUUACCACGUCGCCAGCAGCGAGAUCCCCUCUUCUUAUUAACUCCGAACGUCCUGCAUCUCAGAUCCUUUCCCCGUACGCUGCUCUUCCGCUCACAAAGUCAUUCCACGCCGCCACUGCUCGCUGGCAGGAGCAGCAGCAGAAUCAAGAACAGCAGAAGGAAAACAAGUCCGACGGCACAAAUCAGGAGAAGAACGAGGAGUCGAAGGACCAGGAGAAGGAAGGAAAGAAGGAAGAAGGAAAGGAGGAGGCUCCUCCACCGCCCCCUCAUGGAGACAAGUCACCUUGGCAGGUGUUCCGGGAGACCCUGCAGUCUGAAUUCAAAGCGUCCAAGGAAUGGAAUGAGUCGACGAAGGCCCUGGCCUCCUCGGCUCACGAGUUCUCCGAGAACGAAAACAUCAAGCGGGCUCGCGCCGCUUACGAGGCUGCCUCGGGAGCUGCCACUUCCCGAACCUCGACGGCAUUCAAAACCACUGGCCAGGCUAUUGGCAAGAGUGCUGCGUGGACAUGGAACACGCCUGUUGUUCAGGGUAUCAGGAAAGGUGUCAACGCGACUGGUUCCGGACUUGAAAAGGCCACUCGACCUGUGCGAGAGACCGAGGCUUACAAGAGCGUGAAGGAUGCCAUUGAUGACGGCAGCAGCUCUCGCUACGGAGGCUGGAUCGAGAAGGAGGAGCGACGCAAGCAGCGUCAGAAGCGUGAAGCGCUGGAAGCCCAGUCUGGUCGUCGAGUCGAGCCCAUGGUUGAAGAUCCCAACGCUGGUACGAACGUCACUCUUCACAAGGAUUCCGCCUGGAAGGAGUCGUGGCGCGACUUCAAGGACUCGAACCCCAUGAUGCAGAAGCUUUUCACUCUGAAGGAAACCUACAACGAAUCUGAGAACCCUCUCAUCAGUACCGCCCGCAGCAUUUCGGACCGCGUUGCCGGGUUUUUUGCCGAAAAUGAAACCGCCCAGGUUAUCAAGAGAUUCCGCGAGAUGGAUCCCAACUUCCAGAUGGAGUCCUUCCUGAGAGAGAUGCGCGAGUACAUCCUUCCUGAGGUGCUUGAUGCCUACGUGAAGGGAGACGCCGAGACUCUGAAGCUUUGGCUCUCCGACGCUCAAUACCACGUUUAUGCUGCCCUUGCGCAACAGUACAGCACCGCCGGACUCAAAUCGGAUGGCCGUAUUCUUGACAUUCGUGGCGUUGACGUCUCCCACGCGCGCAUGCUCGACCCCGGUGACAUUCCCGUGUUUGUUGUGACCUGCCGUACGCAGGAGGUUCAUGUCUACCGCAACGUCAAGACACAGGAACUCGCCGCCGGCAUGGAAGACAAGGUCCAGCUGGUGACAUACGCCAUCGGUCUGACCAGGAUACCCGAGGAUGUCAACAACCCCGAGACCCGAGGAUGGAGACUGAUCGAGUUGCAGAAGGCUGCCCGCGAUUAUAUCUAA